AUGCAGGUCAAUUUUUAUUUUCAUAUUGCAUUUCUAUUUUUCCUGAUAUCAUGUUGUUCAAGUUCAUAUGUUAAUCGAUAUCUGAAAAUGAUUGAGAAGUUAGUUUCCGGCAGUUUAGAAAUGGCCUCAAAAAUCUUAUUUUUCAGCGGGUUGAGUGAGGAAAUUGGUCCAUGUGAUAACUUUUUUCGACAUGUCUGUCCGAUGGAUGAUAAACCUUAUUUGAUGAAAGUUUUGACAGAUGAAUACAUUUCGGAUUUAUUGAAUUACACAAAAACGUAUGAGCCAAAAUAUAUGAAAAUAAAUGUGGGUUUGUUACAAAAAACCAAAGUUACAGACUAACUCAGCUUAAUAUUGCAGAGUGAUGUUCGAAAACAUUUUUUAACUGCAAAGUUCCAAGUCUCAAACAACUUCACAAAUAUAAUUUCGUCAAAUUUGAAAACAAUUUGUGAAACAAAUCGAGCUGAAUUCAACAGUUAUCUCAAAAAACUGGAGAAUUUUUGGGACAAGCCAUGUAUUGGAAGCACGUGUGUUUCUCAAAUAUCUGAAAUAGAAGAUUGUGAUCGAGCUUUGGAUUUUGUGAAGAAUGCGUUUUCUGGUAUCUACCCUAGUGAUGAAUUUGCGGGUUUAGUUGAGAAAAAAAUCAGAGAAUUCAUACUUGCCCAUCAAGUUUUGAGGAAUUAUGAAUGGUAUGAUGAACAUCGCGGUUCUUAUCAGAAGUUUAAUGAGACUGCUCAAGAAAUAAUUGAAAUUUCUUCGAAACUUCUUGAGGUGAGUUUUCAGAAGCUUGGAAAGAAUCUUAAAUUUUCAAAAACUUGGAACAAUUCUAGAAGUCCUGAGAAAUAUUUUGAAUAUUCAGAAAAAAAAAAUAAUUCCAGGAUACACCAUGGGUAAAUCGCUUGAACCUCACCAACAUCUUUGUUCCAUAUUUCGAACAACUUCAUAUCUACAAACCUGAAUUGUUUCGAGAUAAUAUUAUCAAAUAUUUGGAUGGUUUUAUUGGAAAAUACGAUAAAUGUAUGGAGGACAAUGCAUUUCCAGAAAUAUUUUCAGCUUUGUGUUAUGCAAAUGUGCUUCGGGAAGUUGAAACUUUAGAUCUUUGGAUCACUUGGAAUGCUGGAUUUCAAGCAUUGAAUAUGCAUCCAGGAAUGGUUUUUUCGAAUAUUGUGGUUUUGCUUUCACAAAUUAAUCUUCCUUCGUUUUAUGUGAGUUAUUUUAGGUUACUGUAGUUCGAUAAUUAGAAGAUUCUGCUCCAAUUUUUAUAAAUUACUAGAUUAAAAAUCAAUGCAUUUUAAAUAUGAAAAGUUAGACCAUCUUUGGGGAUACUGAAGCUUCUGAUUAUUAAAAAAUCACUUUUAUUUUCAGAUUGGAUCUGUCGGUAAAGUAGUUGCGCAUGAAAUCGGACAUUCUCUGAUAAUUUCAAAAAAUCAAGAUUUCAUACCGUAUUAUUCAAAUGAAACAACAAAAUGUGUUCAAAAUCAAUUUGAAAAAUCUUGCGAAUAUUUUCAAGAAGGAAAAUGUGACACAAUUUAUUCGAGAUAUGAUGAUAAUGGAGCUGAUUUAUUCGCUUCUUUUAUCAUUUCCGAAUUGUUGAAUUCACAUUUUGGCGCGGAUAAAAAUGUGCGUUUUUGUAGCUAUUUACAGUAAUCCAAAGAUAUAUUUUUUCACAGAAUUUGGUCGAAGGAACAACGAAAAAUAUCACAAAUGCACAACUCGCUUUUAUGGCAUCUGCUACAGUACUUUGUGAGGUAAGAAGAUUCCGUUCAAGAAGCCUUAGAAUCAUAAGAAAAUUUAUUCCAGAAAGUUCCAUCUGUAACACAAGAUUUGGAACAUCACGCAAAUGUAGUUCGAAUCAAUAGUAUCAUGUCACAAAAUGCAGAUUUCAAAGAAGCUUUCAAUUGUCCAGACAACAGUAAAAUGAUGUUGGCUAAAAAUGAGCAAUGCCAUAUUAUUGGAAAAGAUGCGCCAAUUUCUAGAUUUUAA